AUGCCGAUGCACACUCUCGCGAGCACCCUGUCGCUCCCGACAGAGCUCUUGGUCAUAGUGUUCAAUCACAUCCUGUCAGCCCACGACCUCCGUCCGACCCUUGCAACCCGACUGUCCGCAGGACCGACCGGGCACAUGUUCGAAGGAGACACCACAUAUCUUCCCGCUCUAUCCAUCCUCGCUUCCGUCUGUCGUCACUGGAAGGACGUCAUCUUCGGCUGCCCCGCAUUCUGGUCCAGAGUUCAACAUCACACGCCCUCUCAGCACCAGCUAUUCCUUCAGCGAUCAUCUUCGACGGCUCUCUUCUUCCACCUGCGCACCUCCUUUGCUCUACAGUCAUCCUUAGACCUUUCACAGAUGCUUGUCGACCUGGCUCACCGGCUGUGUCAUCUUUACCUUGACGUCGACGAUCCCGCCAUAGAUCUUGGACAGUUACUUGAUUUCCCUGGCGAAACGCUGAGAUGCCUUGUGGUCUCCGUCAACCCUUCGGUUAUCAACAGCGUGGAGACUGUGCGCCAGGUGCCGCUCUUACGGGAUCACGCACCUAAUCUGGAAGCUCUCGCGCUCGUCGGGUACUGGUGCCACAUCUUCCCAGCAAACGAAUUCCCGCGUCUCACCCACCUUUUCCUCGAGCGCUGCGACAGAGUAUUCGACCUCGAGGCACUCAUCUCCUUGCUCGCUGGGACGCCUAUCUUGCAGUCACUCCACUUGUCCAACCGCCUCCUGGAAAUCCAACGUCCUCCUCGUGCCGACAACCCAGCCCACACCGUUUCGCUCUCCCGCAUCCGCACCAUCACCAUCCAGAACUGGAACAUCCACCCUGUCCGCCAGCUCCUCUCGCGUCUCCGCCUCCCCAAAGCGCCUAUCCACACCUUCCUGCAGUUCGACAUAUCUACCAACCAGUACCACAGCGACCCCAUCAGCCCCCUGCUCGACCCGUUCCUCCCCGCGCUUUCUCUGCUUGGGCCCGCGUGUCUCCACAUCCAGGACAGAGGUCCCGACGCCGGGAUUCUGCUCGAGCCCCUCGGAGCCGAUCUUGGCCCCAGCCUCCUUUUGGAGGUCUACGACAGCGGGCCGUCCAACAUGGGCUGGCACCUCGCCCUCGCCGACUUCCCUCGCGCCGCCCCGUGCGUCCUCAACGCCGUCGUCUCCCUCCGGCUCGCGCGCAGCAGCACCAUCGACUCCGUCGCCCCCCUCCUCCCCCUCCUCCUCGCGCACACCCCCGCGCUCACCGACCUCCGCCUCGCCGCGCUCCUCGCCACCUGCCUCCGCGCGCGCGUCGCCCCGCCCCUCCGCCGCCUCCUCCUCCGCCCGCUCUUCGAGGCCCCCUUCGCCCACUCCACCGCCCGCGCCGACAUCGACACCACGGCACGCACCAACACCGACACCGACACCGAGUCCACGGCACGCGCCGCCCCCGCCUGCGCGCCGUCGUUCGCACAGGUCCGCGCUGUGCUCGACCGCGCCGGCCUCGCCGCGUACGCCGCCGACUUCCGCGCGCUCCCGCCCAUCGCACCCCGCUCUUCUGCGGCGCACUGGGACAGGAACGGGGAAGGGGACGGGGACGACGAGUCCAGGCCCGGAUCCGGGUUCGGCUGGCUGUGCGCGGAGUCGUCAUCCUCAGAGGACGAGGCGCGCGAGUAUGCCAGUGGUGGUCGCGUCGACGUCGACCAUCCCUCGCCCUCGCGCUGGGCGGCCGCGGCGGCCCGUGGCGCGGAAGUCCGGGAACGGUUCUGGACGUUCGACCGCCGGGUGCGGUGUGCGUGCGACUGA